GGGUGGUGAUGGUGUGAUUCGUGAGCUCAUCUUCAGACGUCAUCUUACACUAUCUAUACUCACAGAGCGCCGAGUAUUUGCGCCAUAUGGGCUUGAAGGAGGGGAUGAUGGCAAGAAAGGUUUGAACAUCCUGAUUCGUAAAUCUGGUAAGAAAAUUCGACUUGGUUCUAAAACAUCAGUGGAAGUGGAGAAAGGUGACAUGUUCCAGUUAUUCACUCCUGGGGGUGGUGGAUAUGGACCACUCAGUUGCAAAGCCACACGAGAUUUGAAAUCUGAUUCACCUGCAAAACGACGACAUAUUGAACGUGGCAGUUUGUUUGACUAUUCUAGAGCACAAGAAUCUGUAUAGGUUAAUUAAAGAACAUUGUAGUUCAACUAUUCUAGAGCACAAGAGUGUGUAUAGGAAAAAAAAACCUCAUGAGUUGUUAGACUUAAUGAGGAAUAUUUCAAAUGCAUUCUCAAUUUAGUUGUACAUCAUUUGUGAAUAUAAUAGUGAAAUAUUUUGUACACCUUGCAUACACUUAUACAAACCCUGACUUUACACAAGACUUACUUUCAGCAUGAGCUGGAAGUGGCCUUUUAACUUAAAACAAGGUGGAUAUUAGUAUUCAGCUACCAAUGGAAGGGGAGGAAUCCCUCCCAUCCAGAUAGUAUGCAUUCUAUUUAGUUAUUGGCUGCAAGGCGUGUCUCUUCUACUGCCUGCCGUUCAGCUUAUUUCUUUAUUAUGAUUUUGUUUUUUAAAGAUAAUUUUUGUUUUGACAUAUGGCCAUAUUGAAAUAAUGCAACAAUUUCUACUCUGUUACAUUAACAAUAUGUUAUUUUCACCUUUCUUGGUGCAUAGUUAGUUCUACAGAGUUAUGCUAUGUAGUGUUUUUCAACUCGGUUUUAGCAUAUGAGCCUUUCUCCUUAAUUCCUUCUCUAACUAGGUUUUGCCUUUUUCUUUUAAUGUAAACCCAGCUUGGUCUUAGCCUUGGUGUUUGUUCUGUACCAUUUUUUCUAUUACACUUCCUAGGAGUGAGGCAGCUGAGGCCUGUCUCUUGCCACCAACUAUUGGCUCCCCCUUUCUUGUCAUGAAAAAGUGGAUGAUGAUGUUGCAGGUACUUUAAAAAGUUUCUAUUUUAAAUAAGUUGUCUCCAAGACCAGUAGCUGUUCUGUUUACAGUUCUUGCUUCCAUGAAGGUCAUUGGUGGGACUCCUAUGAACAUCUGGAACCAACCCAUGUUCGUGUGAAAAGUGGGCAUGUUUUGUCUCCCCUUCCCUGCUCACAUUCAUCCAAGGGGACUAAACAUCUUCCUGGAGCAGCCAAUGUCCACUUCCAGAAAUAACCUUGUCCAAAUGUACUGGAUUAUUCUCCCAGACCAUUACGACCAUUGUCGAGUGAGUGACAUCUUUUCAUGACCGUGUUCGUCCACGGGUACUUAGACAUACAGGUAGGAUAGGAAAUUUAGUUUAUUUUUUCUUACUCAACUUGGUUGUUCCUACACGUAUACAAAUCCUCGGUUUUUACACAAGGGAAAGCAUUCCCAUAUAUAAAGGUCUAAUUGUUCCUCCUCAACCUUGGUGCUAUCAUAGGAUGAAGACAUAGGCCAUGGCCACAAGAAGAUCUUUGGAAUUGCUCAUAUAUAUUCUGUGCCUCUCUCAAUGACUUUGUUGUAAAGUUGGUUGGAGUCCUUUGAAGUUUGAGACUUGUGUCAGGUAGAAAUGUUAGAGCUAGGAUUGGUCCUCUCCUUUUUCAAGUCACCCUCAGAACAAUGCAUUCUGGAAUCCGCAACCUAGCCUAGCCUAACCUGACCUAAUUUGUACCUCAAUAACCUGAAUCCUCCUAGCUCUCCAAGCUGAGGAUAGGCAUUCUAUAAUGUUCUUAAGGAACAAUUGCAUGGUAGUUCCUUAGUCAACAAGAGGGGGGAGCUAGUGUCUAUCAUCUCAAUUGUGGUAUGGAUGCACAGGUCUACAGCAGCUUCCUCAAUACAGCAGUAAAUCAGACACAUUCCCUUAGAAUGAUAGAUGUUUGACAGGCAAAUUUGGUCAUUAGGGUUGCUGUUAGCAACAAUUGGGGUCUUGACACCUCGACAUUUCAAAGUAUUGUUUGAUAUAGGAAGAUGAUCAGGUUAGUCUUAUUUCAACACCAAGAAGCUGUUAUUGUUUGGCUCUGUCUUUACGGACUGCGGGCAAAACAGCCAUCAUCCUUACCAUUGAAAAUAUCACUUCUCUGGUCACCAAAGUUUAGUAACGACUGGUUAGUACUUGGAUAGAUGACCUCCCUUUAACACUAGAUGCUGUUGACUUCUAGGAGUAGCCUAUCACAUUCACUGUUAGAAAUGUUGAGGUUAGUCAGUACUUGGAUGAGUGACUUCGUAAGAACUUCAUAUUCUGUUUUGCAACUAGGAGAUGUCUUCGCAUCCAUGAUUCAAACCUUAGGUCUCUGACUUCCUGUUGUUCUGCCUGAUUCAUUGGGAGAUCAACAGUGUAUGAGCAUUCCAUUUCCAAUUACCCUAAAGGCUACCAAGUGUCCAAAAGCCUUUUGUGUUACCACUUAAGAUUUCACCUCCAAACUAGUGCUGACAAAUUGUUUUUGGUUGUGGCUUGGCCAAGAAGUAGUGUCUAGGAGUGCCAUUUCUUUUGACUUUGUGUAUAAUCAAACGGACACACUCCAUAGCUGCUGACAUGGUGGACAACAAUACAUUGUGGGUGAGAUUUCGCAAGGUCAGGGAUAUUGGUUUGCCAUUAGCACUCGGGAAGAACCCGUCAGACAGGUACUAAGGUUGGGAAUACAGUCACAACAGACCAUAUUUGCUUCUGGGAUGUUGCCCAUAGAUCCUGCCUUUUUCCCUGAGUUCUGUGGUAGCUACUCAAUGUAGAUCACCUAACUCUAGGGGACAGGUAGCAUCUCUCCUAAGGUGUGCAGCUGCAAAGAGCUGUUGUGUGUGGGACUGGCCUCCUUACCUUCUCUUUUAUACUCUUCUUAGGGAUGGUUAGCAAACUUUCACAUGCUGGACAGACGUGCAAACAGGUGUUCUAGAUGACUCGGUACCCUGUCUACAAUCUAGGUCUUUUUGGAUUAAUAUAUGCAACUCCUGCCCUCUCUCUAUCAAGGGGGAGAGACUUAAUAAUGAACAGACCUGUUGGUUAUCUUCAGCUUUAUUGUUCCCAACAAUACAGAUUCAUCCAAGCCCAUCUUUGAAUCAAUGACAUUACCUUCCAUUUAUUUGGAGGCCCAGAGGUCUGGCAGUUGAACAUCACGCACAUUCAACAGAUCACAGGCAUGAGUCUCUUUCGAUUUCACAUGACUAGGGAAGAGGCCCUGGGUGAGGCAAACUACAGGAGAGGCGCCCUGGUUGAGGCAAACUACAAGAAAGAGGCCCUAGGUGAGGCAAACUACUAGUCAGUCCAGGGAUUUGUUCGGAAUCCUCCCGCCAAGGAGUAAGUCUCCUAUAUGUAAAGUCGAGAACGUGAAGCAUUCCUGGUCUGCGGACAUGUCUCAUUCUCUUACUAGAGACCGGAACCUUAGGAGUCAGUCUCCUUCAGGCAGUUCUCUUCAGUGUCGUUCCUUCUUUCAGGACUGUGCUUGGUUGUCUUUUCAUGGAUGUGUGCUUGACUUGUUGCACAUCCACGCAUGUGAUUCAUCCCGCAAACGUGUAUGUGGUUCAUCGCACAAGUGUAUACAUGGUUUGAGUCGGGACCAUGUACAGGUUUCGUCGUGUGGCAGUGUUCCUGAACCCUCGGUUUCGGGAUCUUCAGUAUUUAGGGACUCCACUCCAACCAGUAAGGAACCUGAUGCCAGACUUCCUAGGAAGCCUUGCCAAUGCUGUUGCAGAAGGAUGAGGAUCCUGCCAAGCCUUCUUUUUCGCACUGUUGGUGUUUGAGCUUCCUUUGUCAGGCCAUGCUUAGUCCAUCUUAUGUAUGAACGCCUUGGUCUCGAACCGAGAUGGCUCACUGCACUGCACUGCAAUAGAUCCUACAAGUUUCUUCCUCCUCCUCUUGUGCAGCAUAGGAAAUAUUACUCCACUAAUUUGGUGCAAUUGAUGUCCUGUCACCUACCAUCUUCCAGACUGUCUCUUGGCUGGACUUGUGGCCCACUGCAAUAGCCAGGAUUGCUUUGGAUCAAGCUGAGGGAGGUUUCAGUUCCUCCUUUGGUUAGCCUGUUGCAGCCUGGUGCGAAGGCUAUUUCAUAUCAAGGCCACCUUAAUGCAACCUUGUAGGCCAACCUCCUCCUGGCCAGGAGGGACACAGCCUUGUCGAAGGUGGUGGGGUCAGUAGACUCAGAGUCCUUGUUGGCUCUCCAGAAUGGGGAUCUCCUUGAUUCUCAUUUUCUUUUCCCUAGAACCGAGUUAGAAGAUACAAUCAACCAGCGAUGAGUAGAUACUAAGGAUAGGCUGGUCCAUCAGGCAGUUUCCAAGUCAGAGGCUUGUCUCGUCCUCCUUCUCUCCCUCCUCAGCUACAGACAAGAUGGUCUUCUCCUGUCAAGUCAUCCAGGUGUUUGGCUUCUGUGGGGGGUGGUCUCUCAGCCUCCUUCAUAGCCCAAGACAAAACACAACAGCAUCCCUUUCAAUCCGGCCCCUACAAGCCUGGGAGGGGCUAUAGAGAAAGGGGUAGCGGAGGUCGUUGAUAGAGUGAGCGGCUCUCCCUCUCCAUUGCCACAGGUAGGGGAGUAAUUAUUCUUCGGGUGGGAUAUCUACUACCCAUCAACUUCUCCCCCCCUCUCUCGGACAGAUCCCUUCUCAAUCGGACGCAUGCUUACGACUCUUCAAAGUAUUUAGCUCUUCGAGGGGAAGUGUUGAAGAUGCUGAAAAAGGGUGCAGUGGAAGAAGUACAGUGUCAUUCACUGGGGUUUUAGUCAAAUUUUCCUGGUUCUGAAAGCUACAGGCGACUGGAGACCAGUAAUCGACCUUUCCACUUUGAAUCACUGUCAGGAAGACUAGGUUCAGGCUGGAGAUGCCCUUACAGUGUUGGCAGCGAUAAGAGACUACGACUUCUUGCUGUCAAUAGAUUUGAAGGAUGCUUAUCUCCAGAUUCCAAUUCACCCUUCAUCCAGGAAGUUCCUUUGCUUCACUGUGGGAGAGCAAGUUUUCCAAUUCAAAUCCUUUGCUUCGGGUUGAUCACCGCCCCUCAGGUGUUCACAAGGGUCUUUGCCCUCAUCUUUGACAUGGGCUCAUGUUUAAAGGGUGCGCCUGUAAAGAUACCUCGAUGACUGGCUGGUCUUGGCAAGCUCCAGGGAGAAACUACUUCAGGACAGAGACAGUCUUCUUCAGCUUUGUCAGGAGCUAGGCACAGUAGUAAAUCUUGAGAAGUCCAAUCUGGUUCCCAGCCAGAGAGCUCUCUAUCUAGGUAUGGCUAUAGAUAUGGCAGUGUGGAGGGUUUUUCUGACAGACCAGAUGUUAGAGGUGUUUCAGUCAGUGGCACGCUUAUUCCUGUCACAGCCCGAACAGCCAGCUCACCAGUGGCAGGUCCUGGGGAUUUUGUCUUCACUGGAGAAGCUGGUCCCUCAUGGCCACCUUCAUCUUGCAGAGACUGCAGUGGAGACUGAAGGACUUCUGGUCCCCAGCAGGGGAUUCCCCUCUGCAGAGUUCGUCUGUCAGAGGUGACGGAAGACCUUCGUUGGUGGUUGGACGACUGGAAUCUCUCAGUGGGAAUCCCUCUGCGUUCUCCCCCUCCAGACUCUCCUGUUUUGGGAUGCUCCCAUCACCGGUUGGGGUUCUCAUCUGGAAGAUCUUGUCUCAGGACUUGGAGUGUGGAGGAGAAGCUGCUGCACAUCAACAUUUUGGAGUUAAAGGCAGCUUUCCUGGGUCUUCAGGAGUUUUGGGAGAGGGUAGAGGGUCAUUCAGUUGUUCUGAUGUCCAACAACACCACUGUGGUCGUCUAUGUGAACAAGCAGGGGGUCCUGGUGUCUUGUCGGCUCCAUUUGUUGACAGUCGAGUUGCACCUGUGGUCUACCGACAACUCAGUGGAGCUCUCUGCCAGGUACAUUCCAGGCAGGAGGAAUGUGGUAGCUGACAAGCCGAGUCAUUGGAACCAAAUCCUGGGCACGGAGUGGUCUCUGCAUCAGGACGUGGCAGACAGGCUUUUUCACUUUUGGGGAAGCUUAUGCUAGACUGCAUUCAUACUGUAGAGCGAUAAGUGCCAGAGCGAUACUUUUCUACGCGACCACUUUUGAGCGAUAUCUGCAAAUGAAUGACAUACGUUGAACUGAUGCAGUUAAGAGCGAUACUCUAAAAAUAGUUUGAAACUACGUUUUUAAAAAUAGAUGCAUUUUAGUAAAAAUUUCUCUGAAACUUUAGUAAAAAUUUCUCUGAAACUAUGCACUUAACUACUUAAAAAUAGCAUAUAGUUUUAACACAAAAUUGCUUUGGAAUGAUAGUAGUGGUUUAAAAAUAGGUCAUUUAAAAAAAUUAGCAACCAAGUUUUAGUUAAGGGGGCCGGCCGGAACCCUUAUAUAUGGUGGUAUAGGGCGAAAAAUGCAGUCGUGAAAAAAUUCAUGGAGCUUCAUAUGGCAAUUGAUAAUACCUAUACGAAAUAUUUCGUCAAAAUUCCUCUUACUUUCGUAGUUACAGGGUAAUUAGUUAACGUAACUUAAUAAGCCUAAAACAUUGAUCCGUACAAGAAGAUGCAAUAUUUCUUCUAUUAUCGUAAAUUUUGAUAAUUACGUAUUGUCAAAGAAAUUAGGAGAAAUGGCAUCUGUAGACAUUCCCUGAGUCAAGAAGAGAGACUUCAGUCAGCUACCAACCAAGUCCAACCAUCAGUGCGAUAAAAAACUUCAAGUAGUCUACAUGUUCGAUUUCACCUCUUGACAUUCACUUGCUUUUACGUAUGUUUAUGUAUGUUUCGGCAAGAAUUUCAUCAUGCCAAUGAGGAAAAGACAAGGAAAACAUCUCGCUAACAUACAGACGAAGAAAAAUCGCUCAAGUAUUAUUACAGAAUAUCAUAAUAUACGCAUAGUUAGUGAAGAGAGAGGGGAGGGUUGCCUAGUAACGCCCCCUUCUUGCCUGUCAGCACACGUCACACUGUGCCCAAGGCUACGAUCUUUGAGCAAAGAGAUCUUCAUUUAUGAUAAAUAACAUAGUUUUGGUUUUUUAAUACCCAAAAUGGAAUAUGAAAUUCAUAAUAAUCAUGAUUUAUUAAAUUGUCUGUGUAAAAAGAGAGAACACCGAGUUUCACCUCUGACAUUCUCUUGCAUUUACGUUUGUUUAUCUUUGUUUCGGCAAGAAUUUCAUCAUGCCAAAGAGGAAAAUACAAGGAAAACAUCUUGCUAACAUACAGAAGAAGAAAAUUCGCUGUAAUAAGCCGAGUUAGUGAAGGGGAGAGAGAGAGUUGCGUAGGAAAGAGUGCCCCAUCUUGCCUCAAGCAGUGCCCCAGGCUACGAUAUAUGAGCAAAGGGAUCAUCAUUUAUGAUUAAAUUAUGAUAAAUAAAAUAGUUUUGGUUUAUUAAUACACAAAAAAGAAAUGUACAUUCAUAAUAAUCAUUAUUUAUUAACAUUGUCUUUAUAGAAAUACAAAGGAAAACUUUGAACGCCCAUAUCUCAAAACUAUACUUAUUGACCUUCAAAAUCUAUCUUCUCACUUAGUUUUAAAGCUAUAACAUUGGAAUUUGGUAUAUAACUCAGAAAGACAUUAUAGAACAAUCAAAUAGAGCCCUUUUUUCCAAUUUUUGUUUCGUCUUUUUUUUAUAAAUUUUUUUCGCCUCAUUUAUAGGGUUUAUUUUUUUACCAUAUUGAAAAAUUCAUAUCUAGCAAAAAAAUGACUUUUAGAAAAAAAACUCCCCAUUUGAUUGGAUGUCUACAUCAGGUCUAUAUAUGGUAGUAAUCCUAGGUCUUAAUAUUAAAUAUCAAGGGAGGAGAUAGAAUUUGAAAAAUGGUUAUUUUCAAGAUAAAUCGCCCUGGCGUCACAAAACCGAAGGUCAGAGGCGGCAAAAAUCAUAUGCGGUUUGGAGAUGUCCCAAGUCACCUUAUUAAGUGGUAUGAAUAUCAAAGUCCUGUCCUUAAAAAAUGGCAUUAGCCGGCCGGCCCCCUUAAACUAAUCAUAUUUUUCAUUUCAUUCUGUUAUACAUUGAGAUUUAAAAGUUUCCUCUCCACCCAUCAUGGAAUUUAUGAACAGCCUAAAAAGCAAUGUGAAACGUGUAUCUUUUAACAGACAUCUGUACUGGAAAUACAAAGAACACAAGACUACCAUAAAAGGGAUUUUGACAAAGAAAAAUCUAUUUCUGGGCAAGGGCCUGUGUCGCCCAGUGAAAUGUCCUUUUAGCACACAUUUCCAAAGUAAAUUAAUGCUAAUAUACCAGAGAAAAAAGCUAAAAUGGAAAUGCCAGAAUAUUCUGGCUCGCUCACCUUAUUAAAAGGUGUCGGUAUGGUUUCUGGGGCGAGUGAAACCACUACCACGGGUCUCUUACCAUUUAGAUUCAUCCCUCUUCGAAAUCCCUCUACCAGAGAGGGGCCGAUGCAAGGCCCACUCCCAGCUACGACUACUACUAGCGCCCCCAACGCUACCACCAGCGCCUCUACCGGUCAUCCUUGGAGUUAGCCUGUCAAGCUUGGGCCCUAGGGUGGGGUUAUAAAAGAAGGGUAGGAUUUCACUGGGCGACACGGGCCCUUGCCCAGAAAUAGACUUUUCCUUCAUCAAAAUCCCUUUUCUGGGCUCAGCCCGUGUCGCUACAUGAAAUAGUACCAGAGAAUUGGCCAUAAGCUUGAGGAAUGAGCAAAAUAGAUAUUGUAAGGAACAAAUAAAAAACAAUUAAGGUUAAUUAUUAUUAUCAAAAAUAAACUUAUGAACUAGAGAUGAUUAUAAUAAAGGCUUAAGAUUAAUUACAGUAACUUAAUAUUAACCUUAAAGAUAGAUACAAUAUCAUAUAAAAUUAAUUCUGUUUAAGUAAUCCUAAAAUAAAAAUAAGGAAACAACAUAACUAUGUACAACAUGUGGCAUCUAAGGCAUAAGAAAGGCUACAUGGUGGCAGAGCCGCAGGAAGGACGUCAGUGAGGCAGGUAGAAAGGAGAUCUAGAUCUAAGCUACUAUUACUACUUAAGCAGUGUCAGGAGAAACUGUUUCCCGCUGCCACUGCUGGAAAUUUAAGAGCUUCUAAGGACUUGAGGUAGUGACGUUUGAACACUGUCGGAGAUUUCCAGCCUGUAUACUUUUUCAGAUCAUCAAAAUUCAUAUGUUGAAAAUAGUUGACUGAGGUCGCUACUGCCCUAAUAUCAUGUACCCGGGGAAAAGAUUCUGGGUUGGCUUGUUUAAUGAAAUAUAAUAUUUGCUGCCUAAUUCCUUUUAAGGAAAUGGUACCACCUCUUUCCCUCGUGAAUAAAGGGCCUGAAGAUCUUAUGGCCGUUCUAGUAAGAUAUGCUCUUAGGGCAGUAACUGGGCAUAAGGAAGGGUCCUGAGGAAGUGGGAGAAUCUUCCAAGGGGCCCACCUCGCCAGUGGAUUCUCAUUUUUAGCUAAAAAUUGACGAUCUGGAGAAAGUAAUACUUCUCCUGAAGGAAGAAACUCUAUAUGACCUGAGUCUCUAGAUAGAGCCGACAGUUCAGAUACCCUGGCUCCUGAAGCUAGGCUUAAAAGAAAUAAUGUUUUCCUCACGAGGGGUAAAAAGUCACAUGAAUCGUUAUCAGUAUCUGAGGCCAGUUUGAGAACAUCAUUUAAGAACCAUGACACAGACUUAGGCCUCUCUGAUGGUCUGAGCCUAGUACAGGCCCUAGGUAUAGAUGAAAAAUAAGAGUCUGUUAGAUCUAUUUUUAAACCAAACUGGAAAAUUUUCUUUAAUGCUGAUUUAGUAGUAGUAAUAGUACUAGCUGCUAAACCUUUUUCAAAUAAUGAUCUAAAGAAGGAAAUGGCCAGGUUGGUUGUCAUGGUUUGAGAUUUGGACUUCCUCAGAAAAAUAGCUAGUUUUUUAACUGCUAGGUCAUAUUGACGAAGGGUUGACACUCGUUUAUCCGAUUCUAAGAAUAGGAUGUUUUGAGGAUCGAUAUUAGCAUCCCUUUUUCCGCAAACUUCAUGAAGUCCAUAAAGUUAGGGUUUUCAGAAUUCCUGAGGAAGCGAACACAGUCUUCAUUUGUACUAGUUGGGAUAAUUUGGGAUUGGGAAUCCGUUGAGGUCGGAGUCCUAACUCCAAUAGAAGUGGGAACCAAUUGCUCUUGGGCCAAUUGGGGGCUACUAGAGCAACUCGUCCCUUGAAGGUCCUGAGUUUGUUCAGAACCUUCAGAAGAAGAUUCACUGGAGGAAAGAUGUAAAUCUUCUUCCAUUGAUUCCAGUCUAUAGCCAUGGCGUCCGUGGCAUAAGCCAGAGGGUCCAGGUUGGGAGCCACAUAGCAAGGAAGUUUGUGAUUCGACUCUGUGGCGAAAAGAUCCACCUGGAGCCCCGGAACUUGUUGACAGAUCCAAUUGAAUGACUGUCCAGGGACCACUCCAACUCUAGUGGGACUGAGCGAGAUAGCCCAUCUGCUAUCACGUUCCUUACUCCUGCUAAGUGUGUGGCGGACAGGUGCCAUUUGUUCUUGGCUGCCAGUGAGAAUAUGGCUAUCAUGACAUGGUUCACAUGGCUUGACUUGAGCCUCCCCUGUUGAUGCAGUGUACUACUACUGCACUGUCUAACACCAGCUUGAUGUGAGAUCUCUUGGCUGGUUGAAGUCUUUUCAGGGUGAGGAAUACUGCCAUAGCUUCCAGUACAUUGAUAUGGAGCUGGCGGAAUGGAAGGGACCAAGUCCCCUGUACUUUCUUAUACUGAGAGUACCCUCCCCAGCCGCUUAGUGAAGCAUCCGUGUGGAUAACUAAUGCCGAAGGAGGGAACUGAAGAGGAAUUGACUUCGACAAAUUCUUGACCUCCACCCAGGGGCGGAGACGCUUGCGUAAUAUCGCCAGGAUAGAGGACAGCUUGUCCCGGGACCUGUUGUUUGCCCUUGAGCGCCAGACGCGGUUUAUGUCUUUGAGUUUUGCUUUUAGCAGAACGUCCAUUACUGAGGCAAAUUGUAGAGAGCCCAGGAUCCUUUCCUGGCUCCUCCGAGACGUUUGCUUGCACUUGAGAAAUUGUCUGGUUGCUUUGGCUAUUUCUUUUCUCUUCGACGACGGAAUUGAUAGUGUGUGAGAGUUCAAGUCCCACUGAAUGCCCAGCCACUGAAAGCGAGAGUCCGGUGUCAACCUGGACUUGGUCUUGUUUAUCUGGAAUCCUAAGUGUUCCAAAAAUUGGAUUACUCUGACCGUCGCUUUGUGGCACUCUUUGAUGUUUGUGGCCCAAACGAGUCAAUCGUCCAGAUACGCAACUAACAUUAUUCCCUGAGACCUGAGUUCUUGAACCACUGUCUCCGCCAAUUUUGUGAAAAUCCUGGGGGCUACACUGAGCCCAAAAGGCAUUACCUUGAAGGAGAAUGCCUGGUUCCCUAGUCUGAAACCUAGGAAUGGGCGGAAGAUAAGUUUAGAUGGGACAAGUCUAGAAUUAUUCUUAGUUUGUUUGAGCCUUUCUUUGGCACACUGAACAAGCGACCUUGAAACUUUAAGUGCUUGACUCUUGACACUACUCCUUUCUGAAGGAGUUCUUGGGCAUACUUUAUCAAUUCCGCUGUUGGUUGUUGAUAGAAGAUUUUGGAUGGAGGAGGGCCUUUGGUCCAGCUCCAUCCUAGGCCAUUGGACACAAUGCUCUGUGCCCAGCUGCUGAACCUCCAUCUGUGACGAAAGAGGAAUGGUCUCCCUCCUACCUGAGGGUUCUCACUGGCUCGGGGAAGGGCGUGUCCCGCGCCCUCCUCGUAAGUGCUUACCCCGGCUGUAUGCUCUUCCGCUGCCUCUCUGGCGAAAGGCACCCCUAGCCCUGCUACCCCUGCCGAACCUGUUGAAAGGUUGAAAGGACUGGCCUUCAAAUACUGGGUUGAAGGCCGGGGAGACAGCGUAGGAGGUGGAGGCUUAAUUUUGAGGCGGCGUCAGCAGCAGAAACUGUUGCUGAGGCUGUGCCUUUGACAUCGAUGGUUGCGGCACCUGAGAGACCAGAACCGCCUGAAGCAUUGUCUGUUGCUGGGGAGCCUGGAAAGGCUGGAAUUUCCUAGGUUUCUUUGACUUCUUGGCUGAUGAAGUAGACUCAGGUUUCCUUUUACUGGAUAAUCCUCAGCGAACUUUGAGACUCUGGUUGAGUCUUGUAGCCUCACACUGUACUGAGUUUACAAUCGAUUCUGGGAAAAGCUCAGCACCCCAGAUCGAAGCAGCCAGUAAUUUAUUUGGUUUGUGACGGAUGGUGGCUUCUUGCAGAACAUGUUUCCGGCAGUUAGCCUUGCCACGAUGAAGUCAUACAAAUCACAUUGUACUGUGUGCAAAUGUGAUUUGGCUAUCAGUUUAAACAGAGGUUCGUCACCAUAUGUAACAGCUGAAACCUCUGUCAUGACCAGAGUAUUGAGGGAUCUGGAUAGUCUCGUUUGGGCAUCGAAUUCGGCCUGAAUGAGACUGUCUGGAAGUCUAAGAAGCCGCUCACUAAACUGAGUGAUGGCACAGUCUGGUUUCAAUUUCCCGACCGAAAAGGUGGCCGGGAGAUCUGCCCAUAGAUCUUCCAUACCAGGGAGGAGGAGUGAUGUAGGCUCUGUUUCCUGGAGCUGCGGCAUCGGCUCGUCUCUCAUAGCGGCCUGCAUGGUCAGCUCCGCCACCUUCGUAGUUAACGGGAUGGGUGUUUCUCCGUCCACUACGAACAUAGUGAAAGCACUCUUAAACGCUUGGACCCUGGUAUUUACGCAGUCCCAAUCCUCUAGGCUUCUUAGCCAGUCCCGUUGGGCUUGAUCCCGGCCGAAGAUUACCGUCUCUUUAGGGAUCUUAUCUUCUCUCCUCAUGGCUGCUUCCGUAAGGCGGGCGUAACCGAUGAAGGGGGGUUGCAAAUUUGCUGGGUGAAACUCGAAGUCCUCAAGCCUUCGAGUUCCACAGUCCGCCAACGUCAGCAUCCCGUCCUUGAAGGGGGCGUAUGACGAUAUCCUCCAGGGAUUGCUCGCCGUAUAAGGAGGGAGAGUAUUGUAGUCCGGCAUGGCUUGGGCUGCCAUACCAGGCUGUGCAAGACCUGUCGUAGGGUUUUCAUGGAGACCUGCUAUGAGGUUCUCCUGAGUGGCCAGCCUAUCCAA